UAUAAAAUAAAAAUAAAAAAAAAGACUUUAUUAUAAUGUCUGCGAUUGGAAUAGAUUUAGGAACGACUUAUUCCUGCGUUGGUGUUUGGCAGCAUGGUAAUGUAGAUAUUAUAGCCAACGAUCAAGGAAACCGAACAACGCCUUCAUAUGUAGCGUUUACCGAUACGGAGCGUCUUAUUGGCGAUGGUGCUAAAAACCAAGUGGCCCUUAAUCCUUGUAAUACAGUAUUUGAUGCUAAACGCCUUAUAGGAAGAAAGUUUGACGAUCUUAAGAUUCAGCAAGAUCUGAAACAUUGGCCGUUCAAAGUAUUAAAUGAUAGUGGGAAACCAAAAAUUCAAGUGACGUUUAAAGGAAAAACUAAACUAUUUGCUCCGGAAGAGAUUAGCAGUAUGGUUCUAAUGAAAAUGAAAGAUAUAGCUGCAUCGUAUUUAGGAACUACAGUAAAUAAAGCAGUAAUUACAGUUCCCGCUUAUUUUAAUGAUUCCCAGAGACAGGCUACAAAAGAUGCUGGCAGUAUUGCCGGUCUAAAUGUCCUACGUAUUAUAAAUGAACCAACCGCAGCCGCUUUGGCGUACGGGUUGGACAAAAAUUUAAAAGGCGAAAGAAAUGUAUUAAUCUUUGAUUUAGGAGGUGGUACUUUUGACGUUUCCAUUUUAACUAUCGAUGAAGGUUCUCUUUUCGAAGUAAAAGCAACAGCAGGAGAUACACACCUCGGUGGAGAAGAUUUCGACAGCCGACUUGUUAAUUUUCUUGCGGAUGAAUUUAAAAGAAAGCAUAAAAAAGAUCUAAGCACUAACCCUAAAGCUCUACGUCGCUUAAGAACUGCAGCCGAAAGAGCAAAGCGCACUUUAUCAUCAAGCACAGAAGCCAAUAUCGAAAUAGAUGCAUUAUAUGAGGGUAUAGAUUUCUUUUCUAGAGUGUCAAGGGCACGAUUUGAAGAGCUUAACGCUGAUCUUUUUCGAGUAACAUUGGACCCUGUAGAGAAAGCGCUGAAAGAUGCUAAGUUAAGUAAGAAUUCAAUCAAUGAUAUUGUAUUAGUCGGAGGUUCGACGCGUAUCCCCAAGAUUCAAUCAUUAUUACAAAACUUUUUUAAUGGUAAAAAACUUAAUUUGUCUAUAAAUCCUGAUGAAGCUGUUGCAUAUGGAGCAGCUGUGCAAGCUGCUAUAUUGAAUGGUGAACGUCAUUCCAAGAUUCAAGAUGUAUUACUCGUUGAUGUCACCCCACUUUCAUUAGGCAUUGAAACCGCCGGGGGCGUUAUGACGAAUAUUGUUGAGCGUAACGCGAAAAUUCCUUGUAAACAUUCACAGACAUUUACUACUUACUCUGACAACCAGCCGGCGGUCACGAUUCAAGUAUAUGAGGGUGAAAGGGCUAUGACCAAGGAUAAUAAUUUACUUGGAACUUUCGAUUUGACUGGCAUUCCACUAGCCCCACGUGGCGUACCUCAAAUUGACGUAUCAUUUGAUUUGGAUGCUAAUGGUAUUCUCAAUGUGUCCGCGAAGGAAAAUAGCACUGGAAAGACUAAGAAUAUCGUCAUUAAGAAUGAUAAAGGGCGACUAUCACAAGUCGAUAUUGAUCGUAUGGUACACGACGCGGAAAAAUUUAAAGAUGAAGAUACUAAGCAAAGAGAUCGCGUGGUAGCUCGUAAUAAGCUUGAAAGUUAUGUUUUUGGCGUAAAGCAGGCAAUUGAUGAGGCCGGGUCUAAGCUGGGAGAUGCAGAGAGCUCUAAGGCUCGUCAAAUAUGCGAUGAGGCUUUACGUUGGCUCGAAGGCAAUGCGCUAGCGGAGACAGAUGAAUAUGAAUACAAAAUGAAAGAAGUUACUGCAGUGUGUGCUCCUCUAAUGAAGAAACUACAUGGCGUUGGUUUGAGGUCCAGACAGAACACUGGGAACGACGGCCCGGUUAUCGAGGAAGUCGACUGAACUGACUUUUAACUCCUUUCACAUUUUAUUUAAAAAAAAAAUUAAUAAAAGUAGUGAGAAUAAUUUUUAUUAUGUUCGUUUGUCAUAUUUCUAAAGUAUUGAUUUGAUGUUUUUGUCGUUUUUUUAAACAAACAAAAAUUACCCUGUUAUUUAAUGUUUACAUACAAUAAAUAAAUGUUUUGAGAAAAUAAAUAAAACAAACAUUG